CUGGCAGAAGCGGCAGCCCACUGUGGGUAUGGGUAAGGGCAAGGAUAUGUGGCACACACGUGUCACUCAUACUACAGCCAUUGAAAUUCGACAUUGCCACUGUGAUGAUGGUCAUUCAAAGGUCAAACGCCAAGACCUUGCCCAGCCUCAGCCCCAGUCUCAGCACCAGUCCCAGUCCCAGUCUCAGCCCCAGUCUCAGCCCCAGUCGCAGACUCUGAUGCAGAAACAGAUUGAGGGAAUCAAUUGGAUCCGGCCUCAAACGAGAACAAAUCUCAAGCAAUAAUUCAACAGACCCUCGAUCUUCAAGCAACUCCCGGACCCUAUCAUAGCUUUCAUUUAAAUGAGCAAAAUCUAAUAUAUC